UGAGUCUGACUCUGCCACGUUGCCGCGGGCGCCGCUUCUUCUCACCGCCAGGGACUGAAGCUGCCACUCACCGGCGUUUAUACCGCAGACAAAGCGCCGAUGUCUUAAAAUACACGGGGAAAGAGAGCAGACAGGCGGUUCUUGUAGGAGCUUUAGCGGGAGUCGAGAUGCUGACGGACGUGAUAGUAGAGGAGGACUUUGACCGCAGUGAGGAGGAGCUGUGGUACAGCAGAAAAGACCUGGAGCACGAUCUGCACUUGGCUGCUGAGCUGGGCAAGACUCUGUUGGACAGGAACCAUGAGCUGGAGCAGGGCCUUCAGCACAUGUACUCCACCAAUCACGAGCAGCUGCAAGAGAUUGAGUAUCUGACCAAGCAGGUGGAUCUCCUACGGCAGAUGAAUGACCAGCAUGCCAAAGUGUACGAGCAGCUGGACCUGGCAGCUCGAGAUCUGGAGAAGAGCAACCAGCGGCUGGUGCUGGAGAACCGCACGUCCCAGCACAGGAUCCAGAGCCUGACGGAGACCAUCGACGGCCUGCAGACUCAUAUGGAGAGCCUCCAGAAGCAGGUGGACGAGCUGAAGGCGUCUCAGUCCAGGAGGGAUUUCACAGCAGCACGCCGAGCCCUCGGGGCCCAGAGCAUGUCCUGCCUGAAGGAAAUCUACGAUCUGCAGCAAGACAAGAGCUGGAGCUCAGAGGGUCUGCAUGAGGAGCGGUCGUGGCCUGUACUCAGUGAGCGGUGUGUGGAGGAGGAAGAGGAGACCUCCACCCUUCAGCACAGCCUCCACAAGCUGAAGCAGCAGCUGGCGACGGAGCGAGCCCGACGGGUGGAGGCAGAGCGAGAGACUGAGCUAACUGUUCUGGAGAACAGUGCUCUGGAGGACCGCCUGAGCCUGCUGGAGGGAGCCCGCCGCAGACAGGCGGAGCUGGAGGCUGAGGUGGAGGAGCUGCGUCUGCUGUGGCGCUCCGAGUCAUCCUGCUCUAGACCGACCGACACGCUGCUGCCCGACAAUGUUUUCUUCAGUGCAGAGGAGCGGCUGGGGGUGGAGCCUGAAUAUGAGGAGGAGGCAGAGUUUCCUCAGGGGCGUCGCCGCUGCAGCAGCGACAGUUACGUCAGAGGAGCUCGAGCAGAGGAGAUCCGACGUGGACACGAGCGCACCUGUAUCCGCAGAGCUCAGGCCGUCAAGCAGCGCGGCAUCUCUCUGCUCAAUGAGGUGGACGCUCAGUACAGCGCCCUGCAGCUCAAAUACGAGGAGCUGCUGCGCCGCUGCCAGCACGGGGCCGACAGCCUCAGCCAUAAAGCCGUCCAGACGCCCAAAUCCCAGAGCUGCUCCGCCACAGACACCGCCUGCCUCUCCGACCAGCUCCAUCAGCCCGAGUACAAAGCCCUGUUCAAAGAAAUCUUCACCUGCAUUCAGAAGACCAAAGAGGACCUGAGUGAGAACAGGGCUGUGCAGGGCCAGUAAGGUGUGACUGCUUUAAAGGGGCUGUUCAUCCAAAAAUUUGAUGAAAUCCUGUUAUCAUUUACUCAUUCACUCGGUGUGAGUUUCUUUCUGCUGUUGAACAUGAAGGAAGAUGAACUGAAGAAUGUUGAACACAAAAGAAGAUAUUUUGAAGAAUGCUGGAAAAACAUCCAUUGACAUCCAUAGUAUUUGUUUGUUCCUACUAUGGAUGCCAAUGGCUGUUUUUCCCCCCAACAUACUUCAUGUUUUGUGUUCAACAGUAGAAGCACUUGAGUCUGAGUAAAUUACGAGUAUAUUGGUCAUUUUUUGGGUGAACUGUCCCUUUAACUUGACUUUGCACUUCCUAAUGUGAUUUAAUAGUGUGUUUGUGUGUAUGUGUCUAUUGCACUAUAACAGCUGUGCCUAUACACAGUAUACAACACCAAACCGUCCACAUCCAGAACCUGAAUGGUCUGAAUGGGGUUUUUCUACUUUUAUAAGUCUUAUUCUAGUGAGUGACGCACACAUGCUGUGUGAAUCAGCCAUACCAGACGCCUGAGGGACUUCAGGUUUGUCAGCAGCUGUUCGGCGGAAGACUAUUGUUAUUAGUACUAACAACUAACACAGUUAUUGAACUAACUUGAUGUACAUGAUAUGACUGAUGGGUGAAUCUCACACAACCUCCAAGAAUGAGGUUUUAGACCGCAAAAAAUACAACACAAAAAAUGAACAUAUUGUACAUUUAUAGGACAUAACUUUUUUUGAUGUGUGACAUUAUCAUGACGUAUCCCCCUAGCACUGUGGCGGAGUCCGUUAAAGACUGGAUUUUGCGAUUGGCGUUUCAAAAUGCAUUGCUAUUCUCUUGAAUUAGUUCUGAGCUUAGUUUUCAACAGCAGAAGGCGCUCUUGGCUAGUUUUAACCAGCAGAUAGGCUAGAUUUUUGGCAUCAGAUGACACUCUAGGCUAGUGUUUAACAGCAGAUAGGCUAGUUUUUUAGCAUCAGACAACACUCUAGGGUAGCGUUUAACAGCAGAUAGGCUAGUUUUUUAGCAUCAGACAACACUCUAGGGUAGUGUUUAACAGCAGAUAGGCUAGUUUUUUAGCAUCAGACAACACUCUAGGCUAGUGUUCAACAGCAGAUAGGCUAGUUUUUUAGCAUCAGACAACGCUCUAGGCUAGUGUUUAACAGCGAUUAGGCUAGUUUUUUAGCAUCAGACAACACUUUAGGCUAGUGUUUAACAGCAGAUAUGCUAGUUUUUAGCAGCAUGUGGCAUUCUAGACUAGUUUUCAACAGCAGAUGGCGAUGUAUGCCUUACAAACAGUUUGCCGAGCGUUAUCUGCUGUUAAAAAAAAAACUAGCCUUAGAGCACCAUCUACUGUUAAAAAACUAGCCUAGAUCACAGUCUGCUGUAAGAAAAUAAAUAACUCAGAGUGCCAUCUACUGUUAAAAAACUAGCCUAGAGCGCCAUUUAUUGUUAAUCUACUGUUAAAAAAUAGCCUAGAGCGCCAUCUACUGUUAAACUAACAGAAUGCAAUCUAUUGUUAGAAACUAGCCUAGAGCACCAUUUGCUGUUUAAAAACUAGCCUAGAGCCCCAUCAAAUGUUUAAAAACUAGCCUAAAUCGCCAUCUAAUGUUAAAAACUAGCCUAUCUGUUGUUAAGCUAGCCUAGAGCACCAUCUAAUGUUAAAAACUAGCCUAUCUGUUGUUUAAAACUAGCCUAGAAUGCCAUCUAAUGUUAAACUAGCCUAUCUGCUGUUUAAAAACUAUUCUAGAGCAACAUCUAAUGUUAGAAACUAGCCUAUCUGUUGUUAAGCUAGCCUAGAGCACCAUCUAAUGUUAAAAACUAGCCUAUCUACUGUUUAAAACUAGCCUAGAAUGCCAUCUAAUGUUAAAAACUAGCCUAAAUCGCCAUCUAAUGUUAAAAACUAGCCUAUCUGUUGUUUAAAACUAGCCUAGAAUGCCAUCUAUUUUUUAAAAACUGGCCUAAAUUUUCAUCUAAUGUUAAAAACUAGCUAAUUUGCUGUUAAAAUCUAGCCUAAAUUGCAAUGUGUUGUUAAAAACUAGCCUAAAAUGCCCUGGCUAAUGUUAAAAACUAGCCUAUCUACUGUUAAACACGAUCCUAGGGCGCCAUCUAAUGUUAAAAGCUAACCUAAAGCGCCAUCUGCUGUAAAACACUAAGCUACAAAGUGGCUUCAAUAGAGAACAAUGCAUUUUGAAAAUCUCAAAAUCGAUUUCUUAAACAAUUUUUUUUUGCAACAACUUUAUUUUCAUAAUCCUAUUUGCAUGUUUUAAAAAGAGCAUCUAAUCUAAUUGUCAUUACAUUAAUGCACAAAUUAAAUAGUAAAAUAUCUAAAGUAUUUAAUGCGCUAAUUUAAAAGCUAAGAUUGUGCGAGAAAACACUCACACGAAUAAAAAAAAAAUUGACGCUUAAGCUUUUUCUAAUGAAAUAUGACCCAGACAUUCUUUUGUGAGAUUCAUUUGAUAAACAUUAAAAAUAUAUACGUAUAUAAACAAAAUGGAAUUCAGUAGGACCAUAAAUGUAGCCAUAGAUAUCAAGUGUCUAGAUAUUUCACAUGCAAUACUAAUUAAUUUAUAAUAGAAAACGCUGCAUGUGAUUUCGGUGACGUUACUAACAGUGAUCUCUUGUAUUUGAGCAAUACUGUUUGCUGCUUUUUUAAACUGUCUUUACCUCAGUGCUUUGAUGUGCUUGCAGAACAGCUGUAUUAACUCUUGUCAAUGUAAACGGUAUGCUUGAAAAUCCGUGUAAAUAGUUUGUUCGGAUCAAAUCGUGGCUUGGCGUUCGGCAAACACACUCGCUCUAGCUAAUAGUCUCCAGCACUUUUUGUUUUGGCGUUCAUGUAAACACCACUGUGAUACUAUGCACUUUAGACAGACCUGUGGUCAGUUCUUUGGUUUUUUUGAGUUACGUUUUUAUUUAUUUAUUGUUUUCAUUUAGUGUCGAGAGGUUUUAUUUAUGUUCUUGUUUGUCGUUCAUUUACUGUUUUCAGAUUUAUUUAUUUUUUUCUCUCCUGUGGUUCAGAUCAGCAGUAGAAAGUUCAGUUUGAUGGAAAUGAACAUGUUGGAUUUUGAGCAUAGACGAAUAUUGAAAAGAGACCCUACACUGUAAAAAAACAUCUCUUCAUUAACAGUUUCAGUGUUUUUGGUUUAUUUACAGUUGUGAAUUGCAUUAUGGGAUGUUGAUCUCUGCUCUGUUGACUUUUAAUGUUAAAUUCAACAGCAGACUGCGCUCUAUAUAGGCUAGUUUUAAACAGAAGAUGGGCUAGUUUUUAGCAUCAGACGAUGCUCUAGGCUAGUAUUUAACAGCAGAUAGGCUAGUUUUUUAGCAUCAUGCGACGCACUAAGCUAGCGUUUAACAGCAGAUGGGCUCGUUUUUAGCAUCAGGCGAUGCUCUAGGUUAGUAUUUAACAGCAGAUAGGCUAGUUUUUAGCAUUAUGCGACACUCUAAGCUAGCGUUUAACAGCAGAUGGGCUAGUUUUUAGCAUCAGGUGAUGCUCUAGGCUAGUAUUUAACAGCAGAUAGGCUAGUUUCUAGCAUCAUGCGACCGUUUAAGCUAGUAUUUAAGAGCAGAUAGUCUAGUUUCUAGCAUCAUGCAAUGCUCUAGGCUAGUAUUUAACUGCAGAUAGGCUAAUUUUUAUAUAUAAACUAGCCUACAUCGCCAUCUAAUAUUAAAAACUAGCCUAGAUUGCAGUUUGAGAGCCUAGAGCAGGGGUGUAAAAACUAGUCCUGGAGGGCCGGUGUCCUAGAGAGUUUAGCUCCAACCCUAAUUAAACACACCUGAACCAGCUAAUCAAGCUCUUACUAGAUAUACUAGAAACUUCCUGGCAGGUGUGUUGAAGCUAGUUGGAGCUAAACUCAGCAGGACACUGGCCCUCCAGGACCGAGAUUGGACACCCCUGGCCUAGAGGGUCAUCUACUGUUAAUCUACUAGCCUAGAGCGCCAUCUAAUGUUAAAAACCACCCCAGAACACCAUCUGCUGUUUAAAAACUAGCCUAGACCCCCAUUUGAUGAAUACAAACUAGCCUAGAGCUCUAUGUGCUGUUUAAAAACUAGCCUAUUUGUUGUUAAAAACUAGCCUGGAGCACCAUCUAAUGUUAUAAACUAGCUAAUCUGCUGUUAAAACUAGCCUAGAAUCUCAUCUAUUGUUAAAAACUAGCCUAAAUCGUCAUCAAAAAAAAAAAAAAAAAAUGGCCUAGAGCGCCAUUUAAUGUUAUAAACUAUCUUAAAUUGCCAUCUAUGUUAAAAACUAGCUAAUCUGCCAUUUAAGAACAAGCCUAGAGUCCCAUCUAAUGUUAAAAGUUAGCUUAAAGUACUGUCUAAUGUUAAAAACUAGACAUAAGCGCCAUUGAAUGUUAAAAACUAUCCUAAAUUGCCAUCUAAUGUUAAAAACUAUAGCUUAAAUUGCCGUUCAAUGUUAAAAACGAGCUAAUCUGUCAUUAACAGCUAGCCUAAAUUGCCAUCUGUUGUUAAAAACUAGCCUAUUUGCUGUUAACUAUUCGCUUCGAGAGCCAUUUACUGCAUCUCUACAGUUAAACUAAGUGACUUCUAUUGACAUUUUAGUAUAGUUUGAAAUAAUAUAAUAUAUGAAAUAGUAUAUAGAUAGGUAGGAUAACAGAAUAUGUACUGGCAGUUUAUUACAAUGUAUUUGUAGCAUAACAUACAACACCAACCCAGACAAAAUAUCACUUUAAACUAUUAAAAAUGUCAAUAAAAGUCACUUUUUAAAACUUUUCAAGGUUAAAAGUUGUUGGAAAAUAGAUCAAGAUCUCCUAAAGCAAUUCAAAAGCAGAAAUAAACAUGCAAAAGGAUAAAAACAUGAAUUACAAAAUUACGAAAACUGCUAAUUUAUGGAUGUUUUUUUACAGUGUAGCAUGAAACAGCUUGUGGUUUAAUAGUUCAACAACAGCUGAUUAUCACUGGCUUAUGUGUUUGGUAACACAUAACACUGUUCAUGUGAUAUUUAAUACUUAACCCAGAUCUUUUUGAGUUCAUAAAUACCUUGAGUUGAUUGUAUAAACAAGCUGUUUUCCAUCGACGUAUAGUGUUAGACGUCUAGGAGAGUGACAGACUGGAUAUACAGAAAGUGUUUUUGAUUUGACCCAUUCCUUUAGUCACAGGGAAGUGUUUAUAGAUUGUACAUUGUUUUAUGAGGGAUGAAAAUGGUGGUGUUUUGCAUUUCUGAGCUUAUCGCUUCAGUGUUUAGGACGGUGUUUCCCAACCCUGUUCCUGAAGACGCACCAACAACCCAUAUUUUGGAUGUCUCCCUUAUCUGACUGGUUAACGUCAGGAUUUGGAGUCUUUUCUAAUGUUCUGAUGAUGUGUUUGAUUAGAGGUUGAAAAUGCGUACUGUCGGUGUGCCUUCGGGAACACUGUUGGGAAACACCGGUUUUGGAAAAUGGUGCUACUGUACCGCAGCCGUCCUUCAGCUAUAAAAGUGGUUUUUGGCAUAAACUCCUGUCAUUUUUAUGCACCAUCCGAGCUUUUGUGGGAUGAUGUGCUUCUCGGUCAGCGACGUGUUAGAAAGCAUGAUCAGAUGAUAGUGUGCAGCGGAAAAAUACAGCUAUUGUUUUUGUAAGAUUAAAAACAUUCAGCAGUGUUCAUUGAAAUGUUAAAAAAGUGGUUAAACUACCAAAUGUAGACCAAGUAUGGGACUGUCUUGUAAUAAUACCUUGCUGGUCAAACAAUCAAUUUGGGAUGAUGAUGAUGAUGAUGAUGAUGAUGAUGACCACGUUAGUAUUUGUUAACUAUAUUAAAUCUGUUACCUCCUCCAUCCAGAGUUGAUUGUUUCAGCCAUCCUGGAGUUCAAUGUUUUAAGUAAAAGAAUAGUUUUCUACGUUAUUUAUUAUUAUUAUUAGCGGUUGAUGAUUGUAAAAUUUGACAUGCGUAGUGAAGGAAUGCAUCUGAUUAUUACUGGUGCUGAAUAUGCGCGGUUCUUCUCAGAAAUACUACAGUGUAGAGUAGACCCAAUGCCUUUCUGAAGAUCUCUGAUCGGUGUGUGUGUAACGGCAUGACUAACGUUGAACUUGGGUUACCAAAAAUCCUGGAAAUAAAACCGUAUGAAUGAACCGAU